UUGCGGAAUGUACCGGAGGAAACCAUACAGCAACUGGAAAAGGAUAAGAUUGAUCCCAAUGUCCUACUUGUCAUGACAGAUGCCCAGUUAACUACGUAUCUACCAUCCUAUGGGGACCGGCUGGCUGUCCUUGGAUAUUGCAGACGGAAGGGAAAUUGUCCUGUUGCCCGCAAAUCUAAACUUUUUGAGCGACUGAAGGCCAAGAUAUUAAGAAGUGGGGAUCGUGAACAUUUGUCUGAGAAGGUACCAAGUCGAAAUGCUCAGAAGAGUGAAAGGAAAAUAGAAAUGGGAUGGCUGAUUUUCCGUAAAGAGCAGUUUUUUCAAGUGAGGGCCAAAAAAGGAGGGGGUACAAGAAAAAUAUGUGUGUUCAAGGAUUGUAGGAAAGAUGAGUUGAUUGAAAAAGCCAUAAACUUGUUUUUUCCUGAUCAAAAAAAUUCAGAGGGAAAUGUUACAGAUUUUCACAUUGAUCUUACAGAUUUUCAAGAGCACCCAUUAGAUAACCAGACUACAGUUGGGGAACUGUACGAAAAAACCAAGCUGCCCAUUUUACGGUUUUAUUUAACCACAAAGAAGAAGGCUAGUUGCCGUGAUAACAGUGGCAGGCUUACACAGGAAGGGGAAGACAUGCAGAAUACGGCCUCCUCCAAUCCCCCUAGGCCUAGUACACUUCUGGCUGAAGGUGAAGAGACAAACCCCAGCGAUGUCAUGUAUGUUAGAAGCAGCAAUGUCCUGUCCGACACAAACAGUGAUCGUGUCCCCUUAGAUUACUCCACUAUUGACAUGUCAGAUUUGCCUAGUGUGAGUGAACUUGAUGCAGCCAUUGCUGUAGAUGUCUUAGAGGAUAGUGGCACAGUUACCUUCUUCCAAGGACACCUACAUGAUGUGGACAGUGUUGAUGUUGAUGAUACCUUACAAAUCUCUCCUCAAGUAAUAAGUUCACCUAUUCCAAUCCUAGAUAUCACCCUUGUGCCUAUUAUUCAGAGUGAAAGAAUGAAGAAAAUCCUUGUUGUUCAUCGUGGGCAGAUCCUGAGAGAACUCAUUUCACAUUUUUGUGAUGAGAGUAUCAUGCUAGAUGACGUUUACAUCCAAGUGGUUCUUCCCAAUGGAAGGUUGGAAAAGGCAGUUGAUGAAGGUGGUGUUUUAAGGGAUGUGCUGACUGAAUUUUGGCAGGACUUUUAUGAGCAAUGUACAUUAGGCAAUGCUUUCAAGGUGCCUUUUCUACGCCAUGAUUUUGGUAGGCAACCGUGGGAAAGCAUUGGCAGAAUCAUUGUACUUGGUUGGCGAAAAGAGAAGUAUCUGCCUAUAAAAAUGGCCCCAAUAGUUUUGGAGCAAGCUGCCUUGGGCUGUGUUAAAAGUGGUCUUGUUGACAUCUUCCUCAGGUAUGUUACAGAGUCAGAGCGAAUGGUCCUUGAUUCUUGCCGCUCAGACUUUGAAAGUGUGGAUCAGGAAGAAUUGCUAGAAAUAAUGGAUCUCCAUAGCUGUCGAAGAGUGCCAACUGCUGAUAAUAUUGAACAGCUCUUGGAGGAGCUUGCCCAUCAAAAGCUGAUUCAAGAACCUGCCUUUGUAAUCGAGCAGUGGAGCAAUGUGAUGGCACCCUUUAGGUCAGAGUUAGAGGGAAUUUCAGUAGCCUAUGAAAAUCUUCACCCUACAUUGAGAAAGGUGAUGAGGUCUCUCUCAUACCCUACUACUGUGAAUAAUCAGCAGAAGCAAAUUGGCAAGUAUCUUGGCACAUACCUUAGAGAAUCCGACACACAGCACUUGUCUCUUUUCCUUCGGUUUUGCACAGGCUCUGAUUUGUUUCUUGGUAAGAGCAUUAGUGUGACCUUUACGCAGUUGCAAGGUCUGCAGAGACGGCCCAUUGCCCACACAUGUGACUGCUACUUGGAAUUGCCAAUUGAGUAUGACAAUUACCCUGAUUUUAGAUAUGAAUUCAACAAAGUAUUAGAGAGUGGGAUGUGGGAAAUGGACAUAGUUUAGCUGAUGUAAUUCCCACCAGCAGCUUCAUGUCAAGCUGACUUAAUUUACAGCGUUUUAAAUGCUGGAUUGUAAUAGAGUUUUUGAGAAUUUGUUUUUCUCCCAGUGUGC